AUGGGCAAGCACCGUGUGGCGCUGGUGUCAGAUUUUUUCUUUCCGGGAUUUGGCGGAGUGGAGGUGCACAUCUACAACGUUGCACAGUGCCUGAUGCGAAGGGGGCACAAAGUGGUUGUGAUAACGAGGGCAUACGGCGAUAGAUGUGGUGUGCGGUACUUUACAAACGGCAUGAAGGUGUAUUACUUGCCGUUGUUGGCGGUGAAGCUCCCUCCCGGGUCAGUGACUCUCCCUACGUGGUUUUUAAGCUUUCCUUUGCUGAGGUCGGUAUUUAUUCGUGAACGGAUUACUGUCGUUCAUGGGCAUCAAACUACAUCGAAUCUAUGUCACGAGGCUCUCUUUCACGCUGGCACGUUGGAAUUAAAGACUUGUUUUACGGACCAUUCGCUUUUUGGUUUUGCGGAUGCUGCUUCAAUUCAUAUUAACAAGGUAUUGGAAUGGAGCUUGCGCAACGUGGAUCAGGUAAUAUGUGUGAGUAAUACUUCGAAGGAGAACACAGUUCUUCGAGCGAGAAUAGAACCGGAGCGGGUCAGCGUGAUUCCCAAUGCGACCGAUACUUCAGUCUUCACUCCUCCAGAAGAUAUGAAAUACAAGUCUUGGGCCUCGAAGGUAGACAAGGAGGGCCUAACAAUUGUAGUCAUCGCGCGUCUUGUGUACCGUAAAGGUUCGGAUCUGUUUGUUGAUGUUAUCCCUGAGAUAUGCAAAAGACACCCCGAAAUAAAGUGGAUUAUUGGUGGUGAUGGUCCUCGUAAAUCACAGAUUCAGCAGAUGAUAGAACGUCACAACUUGAUGGACCGAGUGAAAAUGCUAGGCCCACUUACGCACUCUGAGGUACGGAGCGUGUUAAACCAGGGACAGAUUUUUUUGAAUUGCAGCUUGACUGAGGCGUUCUGUAUUGCAUUAAUUGAGGCAGCAUCAUGCGGCAUGCUAGGUGUGUCAACACGUGUGGGGGGCGUCCCUGAGGUACUGCCACCCCACAUGUUGCUGCUAGCAGAACCUGACCCAGCCUCCAUCACGGCAGCGCUAGAAGAGGCCAUUGUCCGCGUUCCUUAUUUGUCCCCAUGGGAAAUACACGAGAGUGUUAGGCGGUUUUACAGCUGGGAUUGGGUAGCAGAACGCACAGAGCGAGUGUAUGAUAGAAUUGUUAGCACAACGACACCAUCAAUGUAUGAACGUUUGAUGAAGUACGCAUCAGUCGGCUUGUUGUAUGGAAUGAUAUGUUGGCUUCUCUGUGCUAUCGAUUGGAUACUUUGCAGAUUUUUGGACUACUGGUUUCCGGAAGAUAUGAUUGACGUGGCUCCUGACUUCCCCCUUGAGUUGUAUACCAGAAACCGGGAGAAGCUCAACGCCCUUGAAAAGGGCGUUUGA